GGGCAACGCGAGGCUGAUAUAAGUAGCUAAGUUCAACAUAUUAAAUAGGUGUAAUGCCUUGCCGUUUUUGCGGCCAGGGCUUAGAAGCAAAAAAAGAUGUUGAAAGUUCUAUAUGCCCUAAAUGUAAUUCAAAAUUUGCCCGUAUCUGCAACCAGUAUUCCAUAACAUUAAGCGCAGCACUUGAAACAAGUGGAUGGAUUGUUGAGCCCUAUGAGUUCGACGAAGACGAACACAAUUUUACGAAGGAGGCAAAGGGAUAUGUACCAUUUGCCUUAGGCAUUCGAAAAGGAAAUGUUCUAAUUAUUACCUAUAUUGAUAGAUCAGCUCUUUGGGCAGUUUCAAGUCGUCUUAUAUCGGAUUCAAUUAUAGCACGAAAUCUUUCCUCGCCUCUGAAACGAAAAAGUCGUAGAAAAUUCGGGUCCUAAUAUAUUUUGCUGCUGACAAAUAAUAAUUUAUAAUUGUAAAGU